CCCAGAGGGUCAAAACCCAGAGGGUCAAAACCCAGAAGGUCAAGACCAAGAAGGACUCAGGAGGGGUCCUGUAUUUGACCCAAAAGGUCAAAUACAAAUUUUUAGAGUGUAAAGAAGGAUAUAUGGAUAUUAAAACGAAUUUGUGGGUAUUAAUGAUUUGUGGGUAUUAUCGUCUGAUUUGGCCUUCUGGAGUGGACCCUAUUUUUAAUAAAUUUUUAUUUAUUUUUUAUUUAUUUUUAAUAAUUUUUGUGGUUAAAUCCCUAGAUAAUUUAUAUAAUAUUUUUUUUCUAAAUUUUAUUUAAUUACAAGAAUUUUUAAAGUGCAAUUUUUUGUUCUAUAUUUAUUGGUUUAUGUCUGAAACAAAUAAAGGUUUAUUGAUUAAUCGAAAGGAUUGUUAUCAUUACAGAGAUUUAUAUUUUGAUUGUCUAGAAAAGAACAACGAAAACAAAAAUAGGUGUCAUCGAGAAUUUGAAAAAUUUUCAGAUGUUUGUCAAUCUACCUGGGUGUCGCAUUUUAUUCGCAAACGGAGUGUUGAAAAAUACAAGAAGACUGUUGAACCUAAACAAGAUGGAAAAUCAGAUGCUAAUGUUACAAGUGGCAAACAAUCAAACUGAUGCUAUUCAAGUACCAUCCCCAACAACAACACCAAAAACUCCACAAAAACUAAAUUUUGAAAAAAUAAAAAAUGACAAAAUAAAUCAACAUUUUAUUCGUUUAUUGGAAGAAUUAUUUUCAAAUAAUUUACCUUUGGAAGCACUAAAUUAUUGUUAUUCAAUUUUCUCAACUAAUUUUGUUAUUAAUAGUAGAACUUUAAUUUUAGCUGCAAAAAUUGUUGCAAUGUGUCAUACAACAAAAACAGCAAUUACUUCAAUAGAUUCAAACAAAUUAAAUUUAAUUCUAAAUAAAAUACAAAAAGAAUUGCCAAAUUGUGAAAAUUCAAUAAGAUUAACAAUUCAACUUUUAUUGGAUGCGAGUAAAGGAGAUUGGAGUAAAAUAAAUAUUUUGGAACACAUCCCUGAUAAAGUUGAAUGUUUUGCUAUUUUGGCUAGUAUUUUAAUUGAAAGGAGGGAAUUCGAUAUUUUGAGUUCAUUAUGUUCAAUUAUCCAACCAAAACAAAAAUUUUAUCAACAUCCAAUUUUGUGGAAUUCAUUUUUAAAUUUUUUGGAAGAAUUUAACAACACAAAACAAUGUAAAGAAUUAUUAGAAUUAUUUAUGGAUCAAAUUGUUUCUAUUGGAAAAACAAUUAAUAGUGAGGAAUUUAAAUGUAUUCAGACUGCUAUGAGUUAUUACAAAGAAUGGAAGGUUGAGGAAGCAACAAUUUCUAAAGAAACAUUAGAAUGUUCAAUUUGUAAAGAAAAAUUACCUGAACAAAAGCCGUUGGAUAAUGAACAAUUUUUAAAACUUAGAGACGCAUUUAGAGAACAUUUGCAGGAUGGAUUGUCAAAUCGAAUUUCUGGAGAAAAUACAGGCAAAGGGUUUUUUUUAAUAUAA